CCAACAGUGGUUGGGACAUCCUGUGGAAGACUUACAAGAAGGAGCUGUGCGUCGGCAGCAUCCAGGAAUACCGCUCCUCCGGAGAGGUUGUGGCCUGCCUGAAGAGUCUGGGUCUUAAAUACGAGGAACAUUUGAUUCCCCAAAGCUUCGACAUCACCGACUGCUUCGAUCCGAGCAGCGAACCUGGGGCUCGUCUGGCAAGCUUCAUGACGGGAACGGACCGCUUCCACGAGUCGUUCAGCCUGGAGAUCAGAGCAGGCAUGUUGGACCUGCUCAGGAACAAGUGCAGCACUGAGAAAGAUGGCCGGGUUUUCUUUAACGGCAAUAUGAGCUGCAUUCUCAUUCACGCUUGAGGGGAAAAUGGUGCAUUUAAAUCUGAGUGACUAAAUAAAUACUAAAUGUGCAUUUAUGUA